AUGUCGCAUAUCGGUAUAUCCAGUAAGUUGCCGUUUCACUUUUUAUAUGUUCAGUUUUUGUACAUAACCCUAGCUAGGAACGCAGAAGUUGAAACUAAGAUGAAGCAAUGCGAUAUCAAAGUGCAGAAAAGGCACAGCUGCCAGAAGAAAGCAAAGAAGGCGAAGAUGAUCAAAGUUGCUUCGCUAGGUGAUCAUGAGUUAGUAGUUUGUCAGAUACUGAGCAGACUCCCGGCUAAAUCACUUAUGAGGUUCAAGUGUGUAUGCGAAAGUUGGCAAUCUUUGAUUCAAAGAGAUGGACACUUCAUUGAUUUACACUUUAGUAGGUCACGAACACGCAGUUGUAAUGGAACUGUUGGUGCGACCUCCCUUCUCGUCAGGGUGCCAUCUCUAUGGUAUCGUAAUGGACGAUGUUUGUUAUCGGCGAAAUUAUUAAUACCAUCUGAAAGCGGCAAUGGAGGAGGAGCAGCUGUUCAAAUGAAAAUACCUCUUAAUAUUACUACUCGAAUAAGCAUGCUCAAUAUUGUCAAUGGUUUGAUUUGUCUUAUGGACCAGAAAUCACGUUGCGUUAGUGUAUUUAACCCUAGCACCAGAGAAUCAACACCCUGGAUUAAGUCGAUAGUUAUGCAGAAACAAGAAGAAAAAGGUGGGCUUUCAAAGAAUGAUAAACUUUUGUUUGCUGGUUCUUGGGAUGCUGUCGGAUACGAUCAUGCUACCAAGGACUACAAAGCCGUAUCCUUUUGGACUUACAAGAUAGAUCACGUUUGUGAGAUCUUUAGUUUGAGACACAAGUCGUGGCGAAUCAUCGAUGCAGUCCCACCGGUUUGUCCCACCCUUAUACAUUUUACACAUUUUGUUCAUGUGACUGGUUCCAUAUACUGGUUGCGUGCUGGUAAACCAAUUAUUGUCGUUGUCGAAUUAAAUUUGGUCACUGAAAAAUUUAGAGUAAUCUCAGUUCCUAAUGAAAUCAUCAUUUAUUCCUGUAUCGGUGGUUGUUACAAGACUGAAGUAAUGGAAGUAGGAAAUACCAUAUGGUCCUAG